CCACCUGUGCCCUGCAGUGCGCCCACUAGCUCCGCCCACCUGUGCCCAGCAGAUCACCCACCUGUGCCCAGCAGUGCACCCACCUGUGCCCAGCAGUGCACCCACCUCAGUGCCACCCACCUGUGCCCACCAGUGCCACCCACCUGUGCCCACCCACCAGUGCUGCCCACCAGUGCCACCCACCAGUGCAGCCCAGCAGUGCUGCCAGUCAGUGCCACCAGUCAGUGCCCAGCGGUUGUGCCAGUCAGUGCCGCCAGUCAGUGCCCAGCAGUGAUGCCAGUCAGUGCCGUCUAUCAGUACCCAUCAUCAGUGUCACCUAUCAGUGCCGCCUAUCAG